AUGAGUCGUGCCCUAUCGUUCUCUUUGGGACGGUCCAGGAAAGCUCUUCGCUGCCGGUGUGCAGACUGGAAUAUCUGGCCGGCCCAACCUGUGAUAGUGGCCCUGGGCCGGACUGUGGAGGAGGUCACAUCCACCGACGCACCCCAUGGCGAUGCGAUGGCCGCGAUGGGGUUGUGCUCUUCUCUCUCACAGAGCGUCGGUGCGGGCGGGAAUCCUCCGUCAGUCCCGCCACCUAUCAAGGCCACGGAAAAGGUCGGAGACCCAUUCUCCACCGGCCGGAAAGAGGCAAGAGGGAAGAACAAAAUGGAAAUGCGGACAGAAGAUCCGGAUUCUGGCCGAAUGAAGAAUAUCCCUGCGACGAGCUUCAGAUUUACCCUGUAA